CUUCAUUCCCACAAAAAUCAAUAUACUAGUCAUUUCUACUAAAUACUCUACUCUCUAACCAUGAAAAUGCCAAUCUACAAACAAGUAUUCUCCUUCUUCUUAUCCAUUUUACUUCUCCAAUCCAAUGCUGUCUCGUGUGUACUAAUGAAACCAUGCAAGCAUUUCGUCCUCUACCUCCAUGACAUCACCUAUGAUGGUGAUAAUGCGGCUAAUGCCUCGUCAGCAGCAAUCAUGAACCCUAUUGGAUUCGGGGACUUCAACUUUAGGAAGUUUGUGAUCAUGGACAACCCUGUGACAAUGGACGAGAAUUAUCUCUCGAAACCAGUGGCUCGUGCCCAAGGCUUCUACUUCAACAACAUGAAAAUGAAUUUCAACGCUUGGGUCACUUUGACAUUGGUAUUCAAUUCGACGAUGCACAAAGGAACAUUUACCAUAAUGGGUGCUAAUCCGUAUGCUAUGGAGCCAACACGAGACUUAUCGAUCGUUGGUGGGACUGGUGACUUCCUCAUGACUCGUGGGAUCGCUACGUUCAAGACCAAAUUCGUUCAAGACAGUACGUAUUUCUGCGUGGAAAUGAAUAUUAAACUCUAUGAAUGCUACUAAUGAUGUGUCUUGGGAUUUGAUGUUUCUGUGUUAAACAUUUUAUUGCGCUUUGUCCGUUGGUAAUUUGAUGUAUGUUGUUAUUAUAAGUACCAAGUUGUCAUUGAAUAAACUAGCGCGUUGUAAUGGUGUGUAUUGGUGUCAUAAAUUUUGUAUUAUGGGCCACUGUAAAACCCAAAACAAGAAAUAAGUUUCC